AUGAAAAAAAUAAAUGGAGGAAAAAAGUAGCCAUUUAUACCUGCAGUAGUAACCACAGAAUUUAGAAUUCAAAAGAGAAAUCAAAGUACAUAUAUCAUUUUAUUUGUUAUCUAGUUGCUGAUCUAAUUUAAAUUAAUUCUUUACUUAAAGAGAUUAAUGAAUCAAUCAUUUUAGCAAGAGUUAAAGAAAUUGAAAAUACAAUUUAUUUAGAACAUGCAGCUAAUGUUCAUUUAUACAGUAGUAAAAUUGAAAAGGUUGUUGCACUAUUUAAAGGCAUAAAUUAAAAUAAUUAUAUAAAUAUUGCUUAAAAAUUAAAAAAGUAAGAACUUGCUACUAAAUCCAUCCUCAAAUUAUUAGAAAAGAAGAAAUAACUAAAAGAAUAUGACUAAGAUAUUUUAAAUAAGACUCUAUAGAAAUCAGAAUAUGAUCCUCUAAAUACAAAGUAAAUCAGAUCAAAAGAAACACUUUUGGUUGCUAACAAAAUUACUAUAGUCAAAUAAAAAAAUUAGACCUCAGAUUCUAAAGGGAAUUUUGCUUCUAAACCAAACAUAGUUUUUGCAGAUUCUAUUCGAACUAUAGAACCAAUUCAAGAAAAAAAGGUUAAGAUCUAAAAAAAUACAGAUGAUGAUGAUGAAAUAGAUAUAAGAAUAAUUGAUGGAAUAUAAGGUGCUGCAUUAAUAAGAGUAUAUUGUUCUAAAUAAAUUACUUUAUUUGAUAAUAAAGUUAAAAUACCAAUUGUUCUUUUGGUUUAAUUUCUACCUCAAUAUAGAAUUUUAUGUGACAAGAUUGACAUUACUAAACUUCAUAAUGCUAAAGAAACAAUUCAAUUUUUAUCUUCAAAUUAAGAAAGAAAGAUCAUAUUUGGUUAGGUUAUAUUGAGACCAUGUGAAUAUACAUAAAAUUUGAAAGAAUUAAGUGAAAAACUUAUCAAACAAAAUAAAAUAGUAGCUUAAAAGUUUGAUAAAGACAAUGCUUCUUUCUUAAUAUUGCAUCAAAAUCAAUUAGAAUAAAUUUUAAAAGCAAGAAAAUAGAGUUUAGCAUUUGAUGCAUCAGAUAUGAUAAUAAAAGAAUGGGUAAACUAGUAAUCUUAUUUGGAAUGGUGGGGAUUAAAUAAACAGGAUCAUAAUUUACAUUUUCUAAUUUCAUAUAAAAGUAUAACAAAUUCAAAUGAUUAAAUUUAUGAAAAAGUUAUACUUUAAAAACCUUCAAGCAAUCCUAAAAUAUAUUAAACUAUAAAUUCAUUAAAAUAGAAGAAGGACAUUGAUGAUUUAUUAUAAGGAUUUCUAUAAACAGAUUUAUCUCUAAUUUCAUUCGGAUAAAAUGGAGAUAUGCUAUAAGAACAAAUUUCCAAUUAAUAAGUAGAAUAGGAAAUUCAUGAAGAUGAAAAGUAAAUUUAAAUGGAUUAGGAUGAAGAAUAGCAUGAUAAUAAAAAUGAUGACAAACAUGAAACCAUUUGUGAAUAGGAAAAUAAAUAAAUAAAUUUCAAUAUUAAAAUUUCAGAUCUAACUCUGUUACUAUCAAAGGAUGAUUAUUUCUGAC